AUGCCAAAACUUGACGUCUUGCCCGUUGGGAUCACGAAGCAUUCCCCUCUUGGACCCAUUUUCCAUGACGAGUCGACAAAUGAAGGAAACCUAUCGAUACUUGACAAUAUUUUCCGGAAGCAGUACGCUAUCGACGAGGACUCAGAGCUUUAUCGCACUCGGCUCUUCCUCGUAUAUGGUGAUCAAAAAACCGUUGAUCGUAUUCGAUCCUGCAAGCGCCUUCGGCGACGUGCCUCUCGACCUUAUGACAAUCUCCAGUGGGUCCUACCGGUCGCUGGCCUCUUCCACCUGAAGAUGAAUUAUUUGUACAUGAUAUCAACGUGCCAUUACGGAGGCACUGGGGGCGAUCCAUCCACCUUGCAUGAUGCCGCUAACUUUUGGAGGCGUAAGAAAAUCAGCAAAGCAAAAUCGGAUUUCUUCGCAUUGGAAGAGCUGGUAAUCCACAGCUUCGAAGCCCGAGUGGCCGCUGUGUACUGGUUACUUCUCGCGAAUACCGGACUAGGGAAAUCUUACGAGGAUAUUGAUCGAAUUACACGCCUACACAGCCCAGAGAAUUUCCUCUCCCUAAUCGAGCGCAUCCGUGUGGUAUAUUUCCACCAGGCUACCCGCGGGGGCCAAGAGUUACAGAACCACUGCCUUUUCCUGCAGCAUACACUCAACUACCUGUUGCUCAAGUACGCCAUCAAAUACGCAGACAUUGGUCUUCUACGGAGAGCGGUCGAUCGAGCCUGUGUUCUGUUCGCCGGGACCAAUCAACGCAAGUAUGCCAAUGAGAUGCUGUACUUUCAAAAGCUAUUGACCACAUCUGCAACUCCAGCGCUGCAACGGGCCAUUCUCGCGAAUAGCCUCAUUAACUUGCGCGGCCAUCAGGACUCGUGGUUUGAAACUGAUCGGAUGAUGGAGUUCCAUAUUGGGGAUAUGAAGGAGAUUUUUAAGGCGAAACGAGGAUCCACUAUCCAUCUCGACUAUCUCUUUGAGUAUUGCUCCCUUAACUCAUCGUUCUUCCGUCUACUCCGCUCCGAGAUCGAGCGCAUUUUUAACGUACACGUUAACCCGGAGCACACGGUGAAGUCGGCAACGUAUGAUCUCACUAUCAUGGCAGAGAGACUGGUCCGCCAAGGUUCGUUGGCAUAUAAAAACGAUCGAACUACCAAGUUUGUUGCUCCGGAUCUUGUGCGACUAGGUGUUGCCAAACUGGCUGGUGAGACAAUGGAAAGGUUUAAUUCAAGAGAACUCCGAGGGUAUGGCAUGGAGAGCGAGGAGCUCGAGGAAUCCCACACAGGUGAUCUACCCGUAGAUUUCUUCGCGUUGGAGGACACGGGAUGA